AUGCCUCCUCGGAUACCUGUCCGCUCGCCCUGGGCCUCGCGGCCGGCUGUCUCGUCCCUCAAUGGCUCGGACGGGCCGCUCCCGCGCUGCGUGCGCUCCUUCACCUCGACACCCACCACACUCGCCCUCGGCCCCCAGUCGCCCAACUACAUCGACGUCCCCAAGCCCCGCCAGCCCACCUUUGCGCUCGAGCCCGAGGUAAAAGGCCACCUCCCCGUGCCGCGAGACAUAUUCAAGACGCGCAACAAGCACCCCAAAGCCUCGGACGUCUUCCUCAACCGCUCCACCAAAGCCCCCAAGGCCCAGAAAGCCCCCGGCCCGCACAGCAGAGAUGCCGAGUACCAGCUCUACAAGCAACGUCUGGCCGAGGCGCGGCGCGCUGCGCUGAAGGAGGGUGUCAAGCAGUUGCACGAGCGCAAAGUCGCCACAGACGCCCAGUUCCAGGCGAAGCUCCAGGCCACCUAUGCAGACCGCCUGCAGCGAGCCACUGCGCCGCCGCGCGAGACGGACCUGCUGACGUCGACGUCGAUCCAGAAGGGCAUUCGGGAUUUCCUCGACGAUGCCCUACCGACAUCGUCCCGCACCAACAUCCCCAAACGCCGCACAGCCUAUCAGCGCCGCGUGGCGCGCGUGCAGGCUGUUCGUGCAUCACGGCUGCACGAUCUGUACGUCAAUGCACGCGAGUUCAUCGUCGAGGAGAGCCAAUUGGACGCGGCCAUCGAGAAGGCGUUUGGUACCGAGGACCAGCCCGUUGGGUGGAAUGUCCGAGGCGAUGCUGGCCUGAGGAGCGAGGGCAAAGAGGGACUGAGUCCAUGGCAUGGGCCUAUGCCCGAGGGCGUUGGCGACAUGCUGCAGAAGCUGAGGGGCGGGGAAGGAGUCGGUCUGGCCAAGGAGAGGGUGCGCAAGGUCGCCGAGGCCUUGACGGGAGGAAAGAUGUAA